CCGUGGACGGGGAAAAUAUUCAACGUGCAAACCUCCAAAACCGACCCCAUCGGCGAGCCGAAAAAUCGAAUUUAUUCAUCCCCACUCCACACGCGUGCGGUAACGACGACGGUUUCUGGUCGGUGCGCUUGUGCGCAAACCCCGUGUGCAGCGUACGGUCGCGCGAUCAUAUGACGUUGAAUCUUCGACCGGGACGGUGCUCAUGUUCCCGUGGCUUUCCAGUUGAGGUUGUGCGGGCGUGUGCGUGCUAGGGUAGCGAACCAUUUCUUGCUGCACGUGUUCUUCGUGGCCGUCGGGUAGCGGAAGAUUUGGCCGAGUUUUGGUGCGCAAUUUUGAUUGCAGUGUGCUUCAGUGGUUCAGUGCGUCCAACCAGUGUUUGUGAAUCCCAGUGAGAGCUAAAAUCAAAUUGAAUUCCAACUCACAAGAUGGGUCUGGUACUGUUCAUCGGACUGCCCGUCGGGCUACUGUUGGCCAUCUUUUUCUUCACGAAAUCAUCGAAAGAGAUGCCGAAGAACUGGGCCCAGUUUGUGUGCGAGGUGCGGAUGCAGAUCUGUGGCUUCCAGGGCCUUCUGGACGAUUUCAUCAUGCGACCGCGGAAUAAAGUCGAACUGUACAAGCAGCCGGGAAAGAUUGCGCUCAUCACCGGUGGCAAUCGUGGCAUCGGGCUGCGCAUCGUCAAGAAGCUGGUCGAGUGUGAAAUCGAAGUCAUCCUUGGUGUACGCAAUCCAGUCGAUUCCCGGAAAGCGGUAGAGGCAUACCUGGAGCAUGCCAAAAUCCCGGUCAGCAGCUGCAAGCUGCACUACGAGCAGCUCGACAUCGGCAACAUGAAGUCGGUGCGCGAGUUUGCCACCAAGAUUAGGGCCAAGUUUGAUAAAAUUCAUCUGCUCAUCAACAAUGCCGGUGUUAUGAGCGUGCCGUUUAAGCUGACCGACGAAGGCUACGAAUCGCACAUGGCCAUCAACUAUUACGGCCACUUUCUGCUGACGCAUCUGCUGCUGCCCCAGCUGCGGGCCGCCGGUACGGCUGAGUGUAAGGCGCGCGUCGUCAAUGUGUCGUCCUGUGUGCACAAGAUUGGCGAAAUUGAUUACAACGACAUUAACAAGGUUAAAAACUACUACCCAGCGGACGCGUACAACCAGAGCAAGCUCGCCCAGGUCCUGUUCGCCAAGUACACGAACCUGAUGUUCGAGGAGGAGGGCAUGCCGGUACUGUCCUACUCGCUGCACCCGGGCGUCGUCAACACGGACCUGUUCGAGCACUCCAGCACCAACUACAUCCCGUGGGUGCGGGCGCUGCUGUUCAAAAACCCGGAGGAAGGCUCCCGUACCGUGGUGUACGCGGCGAUCGCACCGAAGCUGGAGACGCGCGGUGGCUGCUACCUGAGCAACUGCCGGGAGGCGGGCAGCCACCGGUACUGGAACAACUCCGUCCAGUGUGAGAAGCUGUUCAACUUCACUUGUGAUACGCUCGGCAUCGAUGAUUUCUUCUACAAGGGGAAAUAACAUCCCCGCAGGGUUGCUAACGGGUACAUUCCCUUAUUUUUGCGAUUCCUUCCACUGGUAACAUCAUGUAUUACCUUACAUCACGAAAAAGCUGGCGGGAAAGAUUAUUUUUGUUUUGUUUUUUCUACAUCUUUCUUUUUGAAAAACAAAAAUGAAAACUCAAGAAACGUUUCUGUAAGAAGUAA